CACCAUCGCAACAGUCAAACGCCAAAGACCCACCAAAUCUCUCUCUCUCUUUCUCUCUCUCUCUCUCUCUCUAGAACAGUUCCGGCCGAAAGCCGAAUCCCAGUACAGGUCUCCGGUCGGAAAAUGGCCGAACCGUGCGGCCGGAAGCUCGUCGUGGAGGUCUGCCACGCCAAGAACCUGAUGCCCAAGGAUGGCCAGGGCACCGCGAGCGCCUACGCCACCGUCGAGUUCGACGGCCAGAAGCAGCGGACGAAGACCAAGUUCCGGGACCUGAACCCGCAGUGGGACGAGCGGAUGGAGUUCCCCGUCCACGACGCCGAGUCCAUGCCCUCGCAGAUGCUGGAGAUCAACCUCUACAACGACAAGAAGAACGGCAAGCGCGGCACCUACCUGGGCAAGGUGAAGAUCGCCGGGAGCGCCUUCGCCAAGUCCGGGUCGGAGGGGCUCCUCUACUACCCGCUGGAGAAGAGGAGCGUCUUUUCGCAGAUCAGGGGCGAGCUCGGGCUCAAGGUCUUCUACGUCGACGAGGAUCCCCCGGCCGCGGCGGCGGAGGCGGCGCCGGAUCCGCCGGCGGAGAAGGCGACGGAGCCGGAGAAGCCGCCGGAGGAGGCGGCCCCGAAGCCGGAGGAGAAGGAGGACAAGGGCGAAGCGGAGAAGCCUAAGGAGGCGGAGAAGAAGGAGGAGGAGAAGCCGGCGGACGCGCCGCCGGAGAACUCGAAGGCAGAGGAGGCUCCGGCGACAGCUCCGCCGGCGGCCACAGCGGAAGUGGAGAAACAGCCGAUCGCGCAGUCGGAGAAGCCAGCGCAGCAGCCGAAGGAGAGGCCGGAGAACGGGAAAGCGGCCGUAAACGACCUCGAGCUCCGAUCUCUAUCGAGCGAUCGGAACCGCCGGAGCACGUACGAUCUGGUCGACAGCAUGCCGUUCCUCUACGUGCGCGUGGUCAAAUCCAAGUGCGGAGACGCCGAUUCGAAAUCGCCGGCGUACGCCAAGCUCGUGAUCGGCACGCACGCCGUGAAAACGAAGAGCCAGAGCGACGGCAAGGAAUGGGAUCAGGUCUUCGCGUUCGACAAAGAAGGAUUGAACUCGACGCAGUUGGAGGUCUCCGUGUGGAUCGAAGAGAAGAAGGAAGGCGAUCAGGCGGCCGAGAGCUGCCUGGGAACGGUGUCGUUCGAUCUGCAGGAGGUGCCGAAGCGGGUGCCGCCGGACAGCCCGCUUGCUCCCCAGUGGUACACUCUCGAGUCGGAGAAGUCGCCGGCGGCGGCUGGAAAUGACGUCAUGCUCGCUGCGUGGUUCGGUACUCAGGCGGACGAGGCAUUCCAGGAGGCCUGGCAGUCGGAUUCCGGUGGGCUGAUCCCGGAAACCCGGGCAAAGGUGUACCUGGCUCCGAAGCUGUGGUACCUGAGGCUAACGGUUAUCCAGACCCAGGACCUGCAGUUAUCCGAACCUAAGGUCAAGACUCCGGAGCUCUACGUGAAAGGUCAGCUCGGCGCGCAGCUGUUCAAGACGAACCGGACCACAGCCGGCUCACUGUCGUCCGGCUCGUCCAAUCCGACGUGGAACGAGGAUCUCGUGUUCGUCGCCGCCGAGCCGUUCGAGCCGUUCCUGGUGAUCACGGUGGAGGACGCGACGCACGGCCGGCCCGUCGGCCAGGCCAAAGUGCACGUGCCGACCGUCGAGAGGCGGACGGACGAUUGCACGGAGCCGAAGUCGAAGUGGUUCAAUUUAGCCGGGGACGAGAGCAGGCCGUACACGGGGAGGAUCCACGUGAGGGUGUGCCUGGAAGGCGGGUAUCACGUGCUCGACGAGGCCGCUCACUUGACCAGCGACGUGCGCGCCUCCGCGAAGCAGCUGGCUAAGGCGCCGAUCGGCUUGCUCGAAGUCGGCGUCCGAGGAGCGACCAACCUGUUGCCGGUGAAGACCAAAGACGGAACGCGCGGUACCACCGACGCUUACGUGGUGGCCAAGUACGGGAUCAAGUGGGUCCGGACCCGAACCAUCCUCGACCGGUUUAACCCGCGGUGGAACGAGCAAUACACAUGGGACGUGUACGAUCCGUGCACGGUGCUCACCAUCGGCGUCUUCGACAACGGGAGGUACAAGCGCGACGACGACGGUAAACCCGGGAAAGAUUUGAGAAUUGGGAAAAUACGCGUGCGUCUGUCGACGCUCGACGCGAACCGCGUCUACAUCAACUCGUACUCGCUGCCCGUGCUGCUUCCCGGCGGAGCCAAGAAGAUGGGAGAGAUCGAGAUCGCCAUACGGUUCUCGUGCUCGUCGUGGCUCAGCUUGAUCCAAGCCUACACGACGCCGAUGCUCCCCAGGAUGCACUACGUCCGCCCGCUAGGCCCUGCCCGGCAAGACAUGCUCCGGCACACGGCAAUGCGGCUCGUGACGGCCAGGCUGGCCCGGUCCGAGCCGCCGCUCGGCCAGGAGGUGGUACAGUACGUGCUGGACUCGGACACGCACGUGUGGAGCAUGCGGCGGAGCAAGGCCAACUGGUUCCGGGCCGUCAGCUGCCUGUCCCGCGUGGCGAUGCUGGGCAGGUGGCUCGACGGGAUCCGGACAUGGGCCCACCCGCCGACCACCGUGCUCAUGCACGUGCUGCUCCUGGCCGUCGUCCUGUGCCCGCACCUCAUCCUCCCCACCGUGUUCAUGUACGCCUUCCUGAUCCUGAUCCUCCGGUUCCGGUACCGCCACCGGGCGGUCCCGAACAGCAUGGACCCACGGCUCUCCCACGCGGACAUGGUGGGCCCCGACGAGCUCGACGAGGAGUUCGACGGGUUCCCGACGACGCGGCCCUCCGACGUGGUCCGCAUCCGGUACGACCGGCUGCGGGCCCUGGCGGGCCGGGCGCAGACCCUCCUGGGUGACGUGGCGGCCCAGGGGGAGCGGCUGGAGGCGCUCUUCAGCUGGCGGGACCCGCGGGCGACGGGGCUGUUCGUGGCCUUCUGCCUGGCGGCAUCGCUGGGGUUCUACGUGGUGCCGUUCAAGGUGUUCCUCCUCGGGUCCGGGUUCUACUACAUGCGGCAUCCCAGGUUCCGGGGCGACAUGCCGUCGGUCCCCGUCAACUUCUUCCGGCGGUUGCCGUCGCUCUCCGAUCAGAUGCUCUAGUUGGACCGAACUACCUGUCGGGACACGUGCAUCCCCCUCCGCGGGCUUAAUUGUUUGAAUUUAUUCAUUAAUUCAUUUAUUUGACAAUUCUUUUUUCGCUCUUUUAGGGGCUCGAAAAUUCAAAUUCGGGAGGAAAAUAACGAGGAAAUAUUCGAAGUUUGGGUGAGAAAAAAAGUUGUUUUUUUUUUUGGUAAAGUGGGUGGGGGGAAAUGUGACCGUUGCUGCUGCUGCUGUAUGUGGUGGGGCCAUAUUACUACUUGCACCCCGAAAUCUCGGGACGGGUAUCGGGCUUGUUGCAUUUGAUUUACCCAAAAAGAAAAAAGGGCAAAAAUGGAUCUUUUCUAUAUUUUAUUUUCUUCUUGUUUUUA